UUGACAUCCAAGAUAGUCCUCACGAACGAGCCCGACGAGAACCAGAUCAUUGCUGCUUCUAUCAACGCUGACGGUACACUGAACAUGGACCGUGCUGUGGCUGCUGGUGGUCGUGGUUCGCAUGGCAAGGCUGACGGGCCCGAUCCUCUCUUCUCUCAAGGCUCCAUCAAGGCGUCCAAGAAGGGGCAGGUUCUUGGGGUUGUCAACGCCGGUUCCAACACCGUCUCUCUCUUCAACAUCGAUCCCAAGGAGCCCACCAACCUGACGCCCCUCGGCGACCCUGUGUCAUCAGAGGGAGAGUUCCCGAUCUCGCUCGCCUUCCACCCCGACGGGACCAAGUUCUGUGUUCUGAACGGCGGCCUCGUCAACGGCGUGAACUGCUACAAGAUCGACAAGAAGCUCGGCCCGUUCGCCAUCGUCAACGGCCUUCGCCUGCUCACCGACCAGAUCAAGCAGACGACGCCGCCUGCCGGCCCGGCGAACACCGCGAGCCAGGUCGUGUUCAGCGAGGACGGCAAGCAGCUCAUCGUCUCCGUCAAGGGCACGCCCCCGAACGACCCCGGCUUCUUCGCCGUCUGGGGCGUCAACGGCGACGGCUCGCUCACCGCCGACUUCCAGAAGGUCGCGCCCGGCAAGGGCGGCCUCCUGCCGUUCUCGAUGACAGUAAUCCCCGGCAAGAACGCGAUCCUCGCGACGGACGCGGGCAUCGGCUUCGACGUCCUCAACCUGAACCUGAACGACAAGAGCAAGAACACGGCGAACAAGAUCGGCGGCCAGGUCGCGACGUGCUGGUCGACGUUCUCGAAGGCCACCGGGAACUUCUACCUCACCGACAUCGGCACCUCGACCGUCACGGAGGUCAACGUCGACAAGAACCUCAAGGGCUCGAUCGUGGCGCAACACCCACUCGGACCCGGCUCGGCCACGAUCGAUCUCGACAUCGCGACGGUGAACGGACGAGACUUCCUCUACGUCCUAGCUGCAAACACGACGAGCGUCGACGUGCUCUCCAUCGACUCCCCUGGGCUCGUCCAGCGCCUCAACUCGCUCGACAUCAAGGGCCCGACCAAGGCCGCGGGCAUCACCAUCAACGCGAACAACCUCCAGGGCAUGACCACCUUCGCAUGA